UUGUGACCUAUUUCUUGUAAUGUUUUUUAUUUUUUAUAAAUUGAUCAAUUCAAUAUUAUUUUUAUUUAAUAAACGUACUCUUGCUUCUCCCAAGCUUUCUCCUUAAAUGUCCCGCCCCUUUUCUAAAUAUAGCUUCAAGAUCGUCACCUACACUCCACAUAGAAUCAAAGGAAUCCCGGAUAAAUAUCUGAAAUCCUCAUUCUAUAAUUAGAUUUUCAGAUGUGAAUCUUUGUUCUAUUCUGUGUGUUUUAAAUUAGAAAUGUUUCUCUUCGUUCAGUUUCUCUUUUUUCAAUUACUGACAUGUGAGGUAUCAUUUUGAUCUCUAAUUUGUGCUAUUGGGUCAAGUUCAAGCAUAACCCCAAUAACAUUAUAGAUUACAAUGUUAAAUUUAAACUGACCAGUUAGUUUAAACACGUACCUUGUAAACUCUAUACUUCAACAGUUAAUGCCAAGUUUUGAUAAAAGUUUCACUUUCUGAUGUUAUUAAAUAUUCUCUAUACAAUUGUGGUGCUUUAAAAAAAAAUAAAAAUAACAUGAAGUUACAUUAUAUUAAAUAGUUAAUGUUUCGUGCAAUAUAUAUUGUAAAUAAAAAGUUAAUAAAAAAUAUGUGUGCACGACUAUUAGAGUGUCCUUUGUGCUCACAGCCAGGUUUCUUAACAUUGGAUGCAUUACGAACAGGAUUAAUAAGUGUAGCAACUCGGCCUCUUACAUGUCCAGUAUGUAAUGAAAUAUUACUUGGUAUCGAUAAAUUAACGAUUCAUUUGUUCAGUCACACUAUUAAUUUAAAUUGUGAAAAUACAAUAGACUCCUCAAAACAUGCAAAUAUUGCCACCAGCAAUAAUAAUCCACCAACAGUACAUAAUCUACAAAAUACUGGAUAUCAAGAUUGGAAUAUAUCUAAGGUAUUAAUUACAGAUGAGAAUAAACUUUUAGAAAAUAACUUGAAUAUCCAAAACAGUUCAAAAUCCUGUAAGAACUUACAAACAACAAAAGACGAAGUUUCAAUUUUAAAUUCAGGAGUUUGCAUUCAAGAUCAAAAUUUACCUCUGAACCAUGCACCUCAAGUUUCAUUUUUAACAGAUUCACUUUGUGACAAUGAAGAAGUAAACACAAUUCAUAAGAAUCCAGAGAACAAAAGAAUAUCAAAAGUAGAUAAAAAUUCACAGGAAAUAUUGCAAGGCACGAUAAAAUUAAAUUAUGCCACACAGUAUUGUACAACUAGUAAUAUUAAGCAUGUAAAUUUGAUACCAAAUCACACUCAAAAAGAAUAUGAAAGUAUUCAAACCAUUAAAAAUUGGAUACAAGAUCAACAGUGUGAACAACAAAUUUCUACAAACGAAAAUGUAAACACACUAGAAAGAUUUAUGGAAAACAAAGAGCCUUGUAACAAUAAACAAAACUACAAUAAACAAAUUACUAUGUUGAAUAAAUUUCCAAGUAUUACAACAACUUAUAGUAAUAUGUCACUGGAAAAACAUAAUAAUGCAAAAAAUGUCCAAGAUAAUUCAUCUACUAUAUGCAAUGGAAAACAAGAUGAAAAUCUUAAGGAUGAACAGACACUGCCCCAGUUAAAACUUUUUAGAACAUUAUCAACAAAAGAAAAGACUGAACGUUGCAAUAUAUGUGGUUUCCAUCUUCCUGACUAUAAUAUUUUGCUUUUACACAAACAGUUAGUACAUAUGAUCAAUGAAAAAGAUUUGAAUGUCAUUCCUGAAAACUUUCUGAAGGAUUAUUCAUGUCAUUUAUGCUCGAAAGUAUUUAAAAUGAGGGGUAGUCUAAUGGUUCACAUGAGAGUAGCACAUAUGGGGUAUAAUCUGGGUUCAUUGGCUAAAGGUGGACAAGUAGAACUUAUAUUUAAUGAAAAUAAAUAUAAUUGCCCUACAUGUGGAAAGACAUUUAAAAAGGAACAACAUGUAAUACAGCAUUUAAAAACACAUGAAGCUAAACAAUGGGAAUGCGAUGUGUGCAGUAAAAUGUUCACAACAAAAUAUUUUUUAAAAAAACAUAAGAGAUUGCAUUCGGGAGAAAUGCCUUAUAAAUGUAAUAUAUGUAAUAAAACAUUCACAUUUCAACAAUCUUAUCAUAAACAUAGAUUAUAUCAUAAGGAUGAUAAACCACAUACAUGUGCAACUUGUGGCAGGUCAUUUAAAGAGUUAUCUACUUUGCAUAACCAUGAAAGAAUUCAUACAGGAGAAAAACCUUUUGCAUGUGAAACUUGUGGAAAAUGUUUCCGUCAACGUGUUUCAUACCUGGUUCACCGUAGAAUUCACACAGGUGUAAUGCCCUAUAAAUGUAUGAUAUGUGGAAAAAGCUUCAGAUAUAAGGUAAGUCAAAGGACCCAUAAGUGUCCAGCACAACAGAUAGGAAGUACACAACAAACAAAUAAUUUAGAUCAACAAUCAACACAUAUAUCAAACAUGCAAGAUUUGAGUAAUGACUCGUGUAAAAUACAAAAAGAACCCUUAGAGGUGAAUCAACCAUUGCUGAACAUUGUAAAUAAUGAAGAAAAUAAAUAUGUACUGAUAAUAGAUACUCAGGGUCAGCAUCUUCUAACAAAAGAAUCAAAUAUUAGCAAAACACAACUAACCCAAAAUAAAGAACAAAAACUGGAAGAGUGUAUAGAAAUAGAUAAUGAAAAUGAAAACACAAGAAGUAUAUGGAAGUCUAAUAUUCCUAAUAAUUCUAUAUUUAAAGAGCCACUUGAAACUUCUAAAAAAAUAUAUUCAAAGAAUGAAAAAAGACUUCCAGAAGAUACAACUGAUUUCUUUUCAAUGAUGAUAUCUCCACUUGAAAAUGGAGUAUCUUCUCCUACCAAUGAAAUGGAACAUUUAAGAGUAUCGUCUCCAACACAAAAACAAGAUAUAAUGAAACCUUACAGCAACUUCAGAAACAUGACGCAUGACAUGGAAAUAAAUGUAGCUAAUACAAAUGUAGAACAAAGUUUUAGCAGUGAAGACAAUGCUACGAAUACUUUACAAACUAUAAAUGAAGAAUCUUUGAAACAACUACUGUAUGGUAUUAAUGAGAAAUAAUUAUCAAGUUCUCUUAUAAGUGUAUAACAAACAUGAAGGUUUCUGUUACUAAAAAUAAAUAAGAAGCCAUAAAAAGAAAAUACUUUAUUCAACACUUACAAUAAAAUCUACAGAACUUUUUUAAUAUAACAAAACAGUCUUACUUGUUUCUUAAGAAAUAGGUUAUGCUGUUCUUUAUGUUUCUAAAUAUAAGUCACGUGUUCAUACUUAACUUUUUGAAAGAGUCCCAUUCUCAACACUUAGGCCAAAUUUCUUCUGGAAUGAAUUUAAUUGUAGCGGUUAGAAAGAGUUUGUCUUUCAAAUGUAACACGACACACGAAAAAUAAAAUAACUUCGUUUAUUCGAAUAGAGAACAA